GGGUUGUUAAAUUUAGAACAAGAAUUUAUUUAUAGCAACAAAAUUUAUUUCAGUGGGAGGUUCUCUGCGCAAGAUUACUUUCGUAAACCAGGCUAUGCAUAAGCGCCUUGGUUGAAUCACAUUCGAAUUCUCAAAGCAUUUUUCUUAGUUUCGCUACUCGUCACAAUCGAGUGCGCCCACUGUGGAAAAAUAUAGCUUCGUGCACAUUGAUUUAAAAAUCGAGUCCGUCCCCAUUGUGACCUUGUUCCGCUUUGAUAUGCUGAGACAACUCUACAUGACCCCAAGCAGAUGAAAAACGUUUAUUUAUACAAGUCUUGGCGAGUGGUAUUAAGAGUUUCAGUGUAUACACAGGUAGUUUGGAUUAAUUAUUAAUGGCUUUCAAACACCGGCUUCUUAGAAUUCAACGAACUCUCGGUAAACACACACACUCGAUCUCAUUCAUCGACAUAACUCGUAGCGCCGCUGAGCCAACAACACGGAAAAGAUAGGCAAAUAUAUUAUUGUAGGAAGGUGUUGGACAAUAAUUCAUGAUGCGGAUUAUAUCUGCGACAUGUGAAAGCUCGUCGCUUUUGAUAUGUACAUUUACGUGGACUGUAAGGUAAUGUACAUGGACUGUGCAUUUCUCGACGAGCAGUGAAAUAAAAAUGGAUCGCAGCGGGCACCUGCUAUAGAACAUUUGGUAGGAAGUGUUUACGGUACAUUUUCUGGAAUUCUAGAUAAAAAUGGCAAGUAACGGGAAUACAAAGAGAGGGGAUAACCUGUAUCUUACCACCAUGGACACAAUUGACCCCAAGACUGUGUGUGUUGAUCUAGAUGGGGAGGAAAAUGAACUGAAUGAGUCGUCUGACAAACAGACUUGUGUAAAGUGGCCUAUUCUCUUUGAAAGAGCUUCAGGUAGCUGGUGGAAUCCAAAAUUUGACUCACCCAUUUUAGAACGAGAACAGUGGGAGAAGUCAUUUCCCCAGACGCGCCGAAGAUUUCGUGCAAUCUUGUGCAUCAUUUUAGUGUCUUGCCUGGCUUGGAGUGUUUUCUUUGGAAUAAGACAGGAUGUACUUUGGUUGGAAUUUCUGAUAGGAAGUGUGGUUUUCCUGUGUCUAAUAGCAUUAAUUCUAGGCUUCACAUUUACCAAAUUCUACAAAAGAUUUUAUCUCCUGACCUCUAUAUUGCUAUCGGUUUUGUUGUGUGGGGGGAUUCUAGCCCAGUUUUUGUACAGUAACUCGCUAGUUUCUACUGUAGGGACUUUUGCAGCCUCAAUUGAAGUCUUAUUUAUGAUGUACACUGUGAUACCAAUGCCCCUAUUUAUGUCCAUAGGACUUGGAGUCACACAUUCCAUAUUUUAUGAAGUGUUAGUUGCAGUUAGAAAUGAUUACAUGCAGCAACCAAUAAUCAUAGUUGGGAAAGCACUGUUGCACCUGUGUGUCCAUGUUAUGGGUAUCCAUAUCUUCAUAAUGUCUCAAGUUGGUCAGAGGAGUACGUUCUGGAAAAUUGGUCAGUCUGUGCUUGCUCAGAGAGAGCUAAAGAAUGAGAAGAGGAUAAAGGAGAAAAUGAUCCACUCCCUUAUGCCUCCGUCAGUAGCCCAGGAGGUAAUGGCAUCACGGCAAGACAAAGAACAAAAUCCAGACGAGGACUCCAGAUCCAAAAAGCGUAAUUCAAAGUCCAAAAAUGUCAAAGGAGAAAUUAUAUUUCGCCCCUUUAACAUGAAUACCAUGGAUAAUGUUAGUAUACUGUUUGCAGACAUUGUAGGCUUUACCAAAAUGAGCUCCAACAAAACUGCAGCACACUUAGUAGGUUUAUUGAAUGACUUAUUUGGUAGAUUUGAUACUCUAUGUACUAAUUCAGGGUGUGAAAAAAUCAGCACACUUGGCGACUGUUACUACUGUGUGUCGGGGUGCCCCCAGUCCAGGGAGGACCACGCUAAGUGUUGUGUGGACAUGGGGCUGGGUAUGAUCAUCGCCAUCAAAGAGUUUGAUAGAGACAACAAUGAAUCUGUGAACAUGAGGGUGGGCGUCCACACUGGCACCGUGCUCUGUGGGAUUGUUGGUAGACAGAGAUUCAAAUUUGACGUGUGGUCCAACGAUGUAACUUUAGCCAAUACUAUGGAGUCCAGUGGCUUGCCUGGAAAAGUCCACAUUUCAGAAGCCUCACUGAGCUUUCUUAACAAAGAAGAUUACGAUGUCGAGGAAGGACCAGAUGUUCAAGAUAACAGGACAUACAAAGUGCUAAUAGAAGAAUAUGACACGAGUAAAUCAACCUACGCAGUGCGACAUACAGAGGAACAAAAAGUAAUCAAGACCUACUUUAUCAAUGGGUACAAGAAUGAGAUGGGACAAGAAGGCAGUGAAGGAGGGGAUCCAACAUCUAGCAACCAGCAGGGAGCGGAUGGUGUCGGGCAUGUGGAGGGAAAUCCCGAAGACUUAGAUGAGUCCUCAGAAAAACACAGACUCUCUAACCACUUUGAAUCAAAGGGCUCGGAUGUGAAUGGUAUUACCCGUAACCUGCUCUAUAGAAGGAGAAGUGCCAGCGAUGUCUCCCUGGAACAGGAGAAUGAGGAGGAGACGAGAGACGGUGAACAUGGUAAAUACAUGAACGAUAAACAGAUCAUCAAACUGAUCAACGAGGACAGUACAAACCAGGAGUUCUUCUACAGACCCCCCAUUCACGCCCUGACCCUGGCCUUCACCACAGCGGAGAUGGAGACGGACUACCGGGACCACUAUCUGGAGGACACCCAGAACCAGAACACCGUCUCCUCACCCCGAUACCAGGCCCUCCUGGAAAUCAUCGUCGCCUUCAUGGUCUUCGGGAUCACCUCCGUCUGCUGCUUCCUGAUCUUUGAGAGGCAGAUUCCCUGGAUCCUUGUCUUCAUUAUCUUCCUGAUUCUGGAGAUUCUCUGCCUGAUCCAGGCAUUUACUGAUGUCAGAUAUAAAGAGAGGAAGGUGGAGACUUGUCCUAGCUGCACACAUCUGAUGUCGGGGUGGUACUUCAGGAACCUGAUAGGAGCAGUGGUCACCAGUAUCCCUGUGUUAGCCGUCUACUCCAACCUCUCCUGUGAGAUUGCCAUCAGCACAUUCUCACAGGACCAUUUCUUCUGCUACUGCAUUGUGAUGGCUCUUCUGCACUACUGUAACUACAACAUGAUCAGUUCCUGGGUCAAGUCCAUUGUGGCAUCACUUGCAGGAAUUGUUAUUCUUGUCUUGUUGUAUGUUCAGCUCUGUGUGUUUAAAAACAACCCUGGAACAAAGUCCAUGGUCAAUGGAACUUUUGGUUACUCCAAUACAACAGAUAUAAGCAUCAGUACCUUGGUUACAACCAUUGCGCCAGAUGCCACAGUAGUUCCACCACUGUUUUCAGGAGAGCACCCUCUGCAGUUUGAGAUCAUAUUGGACAUUAUUCUGUUACUCAUUCUGGUUUUCUUUUUGAACAGAGAAUUUGAAAUCAGCUACAGGUUGUCCUACCAUGGAGACAAACAAGCCUCAGCCAAUAAGCAGCAAAUGCAACUGAACAAGGAGCAAGCUGAUUGGCUGCUUCACAACAUUAUCCCUAAGCAUGUCUCAGAGCAGUUGAAAGGAGAGAAUUGCCAGUACUCCAAGAACCACAAAGAUGUUGGAGUCAUUUUUGCUGCCAUUGUGAAUUUUAAUGAGUUCUAUGAUGAAUCUUAUGAAGGGGGAAGAGAAUAUUUGAGAGUGUUAAAUGAACUAGUGAGUGACUAUGAAGACUUGCUCAAUCAACAUAGAUUCAAGGAUGUAGAGAAGAUAAAGACUAUCACCAGUACCUUUAUGGCUGCCUCAGGCCUCAACACACAGUCCAGAAUGGAGAACAAGCAUCCCCACGCCCAUCUCUUUGCUCUAAUGGAGUUUUCCAUGGAAAUGCAAGAGGUGGUGAAAAGAUUCAAUGAGAGUUUGUUUAACUUUGACUUUAUACUCAACAUAGGGUACAAUCAUGGAGAGGUCACAGCGGGUGUGAUAGGGACAACUAAACUGUUGUAUGACAUCUGGGGGGACACGGUCAACAUCUCCAGCCGUAUGUAUUCUACAGGGGUCAAGGACAGAAUCCAGGUCCCAGAGGCAUGUCUCAAGCUUCUGGAAGAGGUGUUUGAAUUUGAAUAUAGAGGAACCAUUCAAGUUAAAGGAAAGGGAGAUAUGAAGACAUACCUUCUGAAAGGCAAGAGAGAUGGCGUCCACUGGGAGUAGGGAUCUAUGAUGGCAUUUUAAUUAUUCUUUUUAAUUAAGAUUCAGUUAAAUCUGUUGGAUGAUAUAUUUUUCUUAUUAAAUGAAUUUUCACAGGUUUUUCUAAAUCUGUAGAUACCAGUUUCAUUGAACUCGCUUUCAAUGUUAUUAUGUUGAAAUAUUUAUUAAUGUUUAUAAUUAUAGCUUUGAUAUUGAAAGAAUUUCCAGGAUCUGUCAUGAAAAAAUUUGGCAGAUUUUUUCUACGGGUAGAUGGUUGGUUGAUCUCCAUGAACAAAUUUGUCAUAAAGAUGUAGCAACCCUUACUUUAACAUGCUUAAACUGUGAAAUCUUCCCCAGCAAAAGUGAAAAUUUGUUGAACUAGACCAAUAUGAAUAUCUUAAAAAAUAGAAAAUAUUUCUGUAUGUUGUUUUUUACCUCUUUUAAAAAAGAUUCUUCCUAAGGUAUUUUAAAAAAUACUUUUUUAAAGAUAGAGAUUUUUCAUUUAUAUUUAACAAAUCUUUUUAAUAUUAGUAAACAUGUAGAAAUUGAUAGAAUUCCUUCAUACUGCUUAAAUAUCUGAAUAUAUGACAAUUUAUUACUGACAUUUUUUUUUAUUAUUCUCUGUUGUAAAUUACGAAAUUUGCUGGUCAUUGUGAUACCAUGUGAGCUAUUUAACUGCUUCUCUACUCUACAAAAUGAUGCUUUACUGAAAUUUUUAGUGAUAUUUAAUUAUUGUGUGUCAUGUGUUAAAUACAUAGGAUUUUUUUAAACAGUCAUAAACCAAUCUAAGAAAAAUGUUUGAAUGUAUUACAAAAUAGUACUAGUAGUUCAAACUUCAGAAAUAAUUAUGUACAUGUAGUACUGUUGUUUUGUUCAGGAGAUACAUGUUUAUAUACUUUUUACCACUUGUGUAACCAAUUUGUUUGUAUUGUACAUGUAUCACUUUGAUGCUGCUUAUAUGAUACAAAACCUUAGAGCUCUACGUAACUUGUCAACCAAAUCAAUUAGUUUACAACUUUAUUUGAAGUCAGAUAAAUACUUGUAGAUAUAUGGACAUAUUCUACUCUUAGCAGUGUAAUUUUAUAGUAUAUACAGUAGAAUCUCAUAAAUGUUGCAAAGAAUACUGUAGAUCACUAAAUUUUCGCGACACCUUAUUUUCGCGAGAUAGUCAUUGACUCUUGAUUAGCAAGACAAAAUUUUCGCGAAUUGUGGUUAUUGUUCUAUAUAUUCUUAAGGAAUACUAUUAUAUGCGAGAAUUAAAUUUUCGCGAGCACACUGCCUCGCGUAAUUACGCGAAAAUAAAGUUCUCGCGAAUAAAAAGUGAUUUACAGUAGUCAGAAGUUAAUUUUAAAACACACUGAAUUUUAACUGACAUAUUGAGCUGCUUGGACUAAAAAAAAUCAUGUAACUGGAUUUUUUUUAAAUGAAUGAAUCCAGAAGUUAUAUUUAAAAAAAUUAGAGCAUCAUUUGUACUACCUUGCAUCUUUAACCCUAAUAUUGUGUUGUGUUGCUGUGAACAUUAACUUAUCCAGAAUCCUUGUGUGAAAACAAAACCUAUGUAUAUUUAUUUAUUCUGUACAGGUUACAUGGGGCCACUGUUUUGAGUUACGGUUCUUGCUAAUGAUGUGUCAAUCGUAUAGGUGUCUUAAUAUAAAUAUUUAUGUUUUUAGAAGUCACUCAAACUUUUGAAGUUUUAUUUAUAAGUUUAUGAACUGUUGCUGUCAUACAGUGAAAUGUAUGAAGGAGAUUCAUGAAAAGCUGUUCUAUUUGUAGCCCCGUCACCAAACAUUAUAACAUUACUUUUAACAUUAAAUGAUUAAUGUGAUAUUUUUUCCUUCAAAAGAUGUAUAGAUCUUUUUAUCCUAUAGUAAGAUUUUGUUGCAUGAAAUGAAGACCUACUUUAUUCUGAACUUGAAAAACAAACAUUACAUGUAGUUUUGUAAUGUAUAUAUAUAACACUGAGAUAGUGCUAACAGUGCAUUUUUAGAAAAUGAUAUUUAUGAUAUUUAUGAGCUCUGUACUUUUUAUGUAAAUGCCAAAGAAUCUAAGGGUUUCAUGUGUGUUUUAAGCAAUUCUUUCCAAGCCAUUGAACCAAAUAUAGAAAAAUUAUAAGAAAUUUGUAUUUUAUACAAAUUGAUAUAUAUUUAACACAUUUAAAAACUUUUUUUCCCCAAACAAAACCUUAAAUGAAGACAAAAGAUAGGAUACACUAUUUUUAGCAAGUCUUUGUAAUAUUAUUGGAAUGU